AUGGGAAAAACCCUUCCCUCACACAGUCUCUUUGUGUUGAUCGUCAAGAGCGCAGACCAGAUGGAGUUUGAUGUGUUUGUAGUCAGCCGUAGCUGGAGCAUAUUUGGUGAUACAGAUGAAGUGAAGUCAGUGUCAGUGCUGGAGGGAGAUUCUGUCUCUCUAAACACUGAUGUUAAAAUACAGAGAGAUGAUAUGAUACUGUGGAUGUUUGGACCUCAAAACACUCGAAUAGCUGAGAUCAUUAAAAGAGACCAAAUAAACUUUAUUUUUGUCAGUAAUGAUGAGAGAUUCAGAGACAGACUCCAGAUGGACAAUCAAACUGGAUCUCUGACCAUCAGAAACAUCAGAUCUGAACACUCUGGACUUUAUAAACUGACUGUCAUCAGUGAAAAAACCUCACUGAAGAGCUUCAGUGUUACUGUGUACGCUCCUCUUCCCUCUCCUGUCAUCACCAGUAACUCCUCAAACUGUUCUUCAUCAUCAUCAUCAUCAUCAGUGUCUAAUUGUUCACUGCUGUGUUCAGUUGUGAAUGUGAGUGCUGUGACUCUCUCCUGGUACAAAGGAAACAGUUUAUUGUCCAGCAUCAGUGUGUCUGAUCUCAGCAUCAGUCUCUCUCUACCUCUGGAGGUGGAAUAUCAGGAGAACAACAUCUACAGCUGUGUGAUCAACAAUCCCAUCACAAACCAGACCACACAUCUGGAGAACAUGAAACUCUGUCACAUUUGUCCAGGUACGUCAGUGGCAAUUUUGACUCUGUUCAGUGUUGUGGUUCUACUGAAGCUGUGA